UCAAGAUAGAGGUUUGUCUCGAAGCAGUCUUGAUUCUCGACACGAUGGUUAGAGAUCGGAUCUUUCUACUAACUGUUACUUGCUCAGUCUUAAUGGUACUUGUUAGUUGCGAUGAUUUUCUAGAGAUCCGCUCGCCAGAAGAUAACAUGAAGGCUCAAGAGGAGAAAGACCUGAUUGAAGCCCUUCAAGAAGUCCUUGAAAAACUAAGAAACAAGCAAAUUCCUGCAGUAGAGAAGAAGUUUGGUUGGGUGACUUCGUGUGAUGCAGGAGAGCAGUGUGCAGUUCGGAAAGGUGCUCGCUUCGGGAAGCUCUGCAGCUGUCCAGGAGGAACCACCUGCAGUUUCUCCAUCCUCAAGUGUUUGUGAAAGCAUGUGUCAGUCUCCUGUAAUAAUUCUGUCAUAAUCCUGCAUGCAGAUUAUUGUUGAAGCUAUUCUUUUCUCCUGUCGCUGUAGUAAAACAUUUAUAAUGUAUAA